AAUAGGAAAACGUGAAACUAAAUUCUAGAAGCUUCGGCGCUGCUGACGGAAGAAGGUGGAGAGGAGAGCAGAAUCGAGAGGUUUGGAUUUCGGAGGCGCCCACUGUCGGCACUCAUUUGCUUUCUGCCACUCCUCUCUUCUCUUCGUCUUCUCCCUUCAUUUUGGCGACUUAUUUCGAUCAAAGAAACACUCGUCCUGUUCCGGUUUCUUAGAUGGCGGAAGGGAACAGCGAUGGUCCUCUCUUCGUUGAAUUGAAUACUGGAGCGAAAAUGCCGUCGAUCGGCCUCGGAACGUGGCAAUCCGAGCCUGGACUCGUCGGCAACGCUGUGGAAGUUGCUGUCAAGGGUGGAUAUAGACAUAUUGAUUGUGCCCGAAUCUACAACAACGAGAAAGAGAUUGGGGUUGCCUUAAGGAAGCUGAUUGAGAAAGGUGCUGUAAAGCGUGAAGAUUUGUGGAUUACGUCCAAACUUUGGAAUAGCGAUCAUGCACCUGAGGAUGUACCUGCUGCACUGGAUAAAACAUUACAAGAUUUGCAGCUGGAUUACGUUGACCUUUACCUAAUCCAUUGGCCACUAUGGACCAAAAGGACUGCUGGCGCUUCGGAUCCUAAAAACUUCUCUGCUUCUCAUAUUCCUAGUACAUGGAAGGCCAUGGAGAAAUUAUAUGAUUCUGGCAAGGCACGUGCAAUUGGUGUGAGCAAUUUUUCUUCAAAGAAACUGGGGGAAUUGCUAUCAUAUGCAAGGAUCCCACCAGCUGUAAACCAAGUAGAAUGCCAUCCUGGAUGGCAACAAACAAAACUUCGAGCCUUUUGUCAAGAAAAAGGCAUUCACUUAUCUGCUUAUUCUCCACUAGGUUCACCAGGAUCGACAUGGCUUAAGGACAAUAAUGUCUUAAAGCACCCAAUCCUGAAUAUGGUCUCAGAGAAACUGGGCAAAACACCAGGACAAGUUGCUUUACGAUGGGGACUGCAGAAUGGGCAAAGCGUACUUCCUAAAAGCACCAAUGCAGCUAGGAUUGUGGAAAAUUCUGAUAUUUUGGAUUGGUCUAUCCCAAAUGACUUGUUCUCCAAAUUCUCCCAAAUAGAACAGCGGCGGCUAAUUCGAGGUGAAUUUAUUGUUCACGAGCUUGGCCCUUACAAAAGCGUGGAGGAGCUAUGGGACGGAGAGAUCUGACUUAAUUGUCCCAAACGUUGCAGCUUCUUUACCGCGUCUUAUGGUUUCCGAGAUGAACUCCUCUUGUUUGCUGGUGAACUGAUUAUUAUUGUUAUUAUGAAUCUAUUUGGAUGGCUUUCGGGUUGUCACUCCACAUUCCAUCGACCAUUUUUUUUUUAUUUUUAUUGAGAUUGAAAUUAGAACUGUUUCUGGGCUUAUGGUUUUCUAGCUUGCAAAAAAUUUAGAACCAGUGGAGCAGGUCUGCAUCACAUGCCACCACGCCCAUGAAUCAUGUAUGGCAUCAGGACAUGUUCGAGCAGGGUUGAUUUAACUUGGUCUAUUGCAUAUUUGUACUGCAUGGAGUUUGAAAUAUCCCUUCUACGGCUUACUUUUGUGCUGGAAGCUUACAACCUUGUUUUUCCUUUUCCUUUUAGCGACGUUGAAGAACCGCCAAUGAUUGAAUCACCUUGGAUCAAUCUCUCUCGAUCAUAUGUCUAGAUUGUUGAGGCUUUUGAUCAUACCGGGAGCAGACUAUAUGUCUUCUGAAAUCAUAUUCCCCAAGGAAAAGGAACAUUCAUGUCUUAUUUUGGUGAAAGGUGAUCACCGCUUUUCUUGUAAAUAUGGCUUGGCGUAGUGCUUGUGGGGUUGUAAAUAAUUUUGUUCAUAUGAUAACUGUCCACAUAAUAAUAAUUGUUCACACUUA